UGCUACAGCGGGUAAAGGACUUGGACAUAUCGUUCCAACAAAACUGCACUGAAAGUUGUUCGCCCAAAUGAAUAAAACUCGGUCGCUAUAGCUUAUACAUUAUAUAACCUGUAUACAAGUGCCCACCAUAUAAAAAACAUUAUGGGAAAUCAACAUUAUACUUAUUGCUUCGUUUCUUUUUCAAUCCGAGUGGUAAACAUAGCAGAAUACCUUUUGCAGUACUGCGCUACGAAUUUGCAAAAAUAAAAAAUAUAUAUACAAAAGUGGAAUUAUUUAUUUAUGCUUUGCUGGCAUUGCUACGUGGACAGAUUAUUUAUAAAAAUCUUUAUAGUUACAUUUUCCAAUUUUUUUCAUGGUGGAAAAAGGACUCGUUUUUAGUGUAGUCUUUAACCGUUAUUAUUUCUACUACCAUUUUUUGUCUGUUUUAGGCGCGGAGUGUGUAGUAUCAGUGUGGUAAGAUAACUAACAAAUACGACCAGAAAAAAAAAGAAAACUAAUUCACCGGAUCCAAAAAGAGUGAAUGAAAUUUCAGACUAUAUUGUUUGAUACCAUUUGCGUAUCGCUUGCAUAUGAUUAUCAGAGACGUAUUUGAAAAAUUUAAAGCUGUGUUUGUUGUUAUUUAUUUUAACCGCUGAAAGCAACUCGACCUCAAUUUCAUUAACUAGAGCAUAUUUGUAAUUUAGUUACAGCUAAAUAUUUGAAUUUGAACUUAAAGUUAUUAUUUAAUUAACAAGUCGCUUAAUUGAGAAAUUUAAAUUAUGAACAAAAAAAGUUAUGGAAAAAGCAGAAAGAAGUUCAGUUUUCAGUUCAGAUGACCUAGAAAUCUUCAUUUUAUCAUAGUUUUUUCUUCUUCCAAUUAUUGUCAUUUUAAAAUUGAAUUAAUUUAUUUCCUCUUAUUAAUCUACAAAUUCAUAAUAUCUUAUUAAUAAUCGAUUUCAAAUUAAUCUUAAUUUAAAAUUAUUGUCAGAAUGCAAGCAAAUUUGCUAAUUUCGUUUCUGUUUAUCGGCUCCUUGACUUACCAAUCAACUGCUCAGAAAAAUUACAAAUUGAGCAACGAUGACGAAACGGUUACCUUCUCGGCUUUCCGAGAGCAAAGUUACGUCACAAAAAUACCGGAUGAUAAGUUUUUUCUUCUUAAAUACGUGGAUGAUGCAAUCUAUGAAAUACUACAAUACGUCAACUUCAAAAAAGAUCCGCCAUAUGGACAAAACAUUUACGAUUUGAUGAGACGCGCCAUCGCUGGCAACAUCACUCUUAGUGAAGUGUGGCAGUCUGAAGAGUACAAAGAUACGCUGCUGAACAGUCAACUUGGUUUCGCCAUCUGUGUUGUUGUGGGGCUCUCUCUGGCGGUCGUUGUUCCCCUAAUUGGGCUCAUCAUCUUCGUGUGCAGGUGCUGCUGCAACAAGUGUCGUCCCAAAUACGAGUUACCCAAGAAUGACCAGGAAGCAACUCCUUCCAGUUGUGAUAAUUGCACUAGACGAUUCUUCACAUUCUGGCUCAUUGUUUUUGUCCUCAUCCUCGUGGUAUGUGGCCUGAUGCUUCUUUGGGUGAACUUUGACCUCGGGUCUUCCACUGACAAUCUGCAGACUACCCUGGAGAAUGGAAAAACUGAUCUCAGGACUUACAGCAAAAACGUGGAAAAGGGCUACCAAUAUGCGAUUUCGAAACAACUACUCAGCCUAAAGGAGGUGCUCUACAGCCUAAACUUAAACGAUACGGAAAAUACGCUGGGAGUCAUGAUUCAGAAUCAAAUAAUCGAAGACAACCCGAAGUUCGCCGAAGCGAACGGUACUCUAAAUAUACUCAACGAACAAGUAGACCUUUUGCUGCAUCUGUACUUGGACGUGAACAAAAAUUCAGCUAGUGCGGUCGAUGAUCAGACAUCUCUGUUAGCCGAUUUGAAAUUAUUGAUGGAAGAUUUGAACACGACUAAGAGUGAAUGUGGCUCUGAAUGUGACGAUAUUCCAGUAACGCAAGAAACUUUGUAUCCUCCCGACGAUGAUUUUGAAGCGAACUUUGCGAAGUACGAUGAGUUGUUGAAUUUGGAAAUAGACAUGCAGAUUCUGGUGAUUAAGAGCAAGAAGCAGUUUGACAUUAUACCGGCCGACACCAAUGGACAAACUUUGGAUGUUCAAAAAGCAAUUCUACAGAUGUUAGAUGAGGCUUCAGCUAGUAGACACUCUGAUUGCUACAAAGAAAUUGUCAAACAAGUGUCAAAUAUUUCAGAGCUGCUUCCCGGUAAAGCUUCCGACUAUGAAGACAUCAUCUCAAACGAUAUUUACAGAGGUUACGUGGGCUAUGGCGUGGCUGCCUUGCUGCUGCUUCUGGCAAUCUGUCUCACUCUGGCUGUGUGUUGUGGUGUGUGUGGCUAUGACGGAGAGGCCACACCCGCCCAGAGGACCAACAUCUCACACUGUGGCGGCAUCACUCUCAUUCUGGUCACCGUUUUACUUUUCCUGACCUUCUCUCUCCUGAUGCUGCUCGGACUCUCCGGCCUGAUUAGUGGGGGAAACUUCCGACUGAUGAUGUGUGAGGAUGAGUCAUACAGGUUCCUGGAAAAAGUUGUGGACGUCAGAGACACAGUGCCUGGCUACCCUGGAAACUUUGCUACCUCUGUGUUGUAUGGACAGCCAGAUAACGAUGAAGUGAAAUUGGCACAGCUCAUCAGAGAGUGCAAGAAAGGCGAUGGGUCGGCAACCGUGGGACUCAAGUUCGACCAAUACCUCAAGCCUCCUCUUCUCAAGUGUCUCUCAUACGAUUCGGAGUUGGGCCGGAAACUGAACAAUGAGUUGCAGGAAAUAGAGUUGGAUAUCAAGACUGAUGAUUUGCUUCCAACUCUCCAGGAAGUAGAUGAUAUCACUGGUGUAUAUUCUGAUCUGCUGCAGGAUGUCGACAAAGAAGCUCAGGCGUUCCUCGACAAACUAAACAAGGGAGAAAUCGAAGACUACUCAUUGUCAACUCUGAGCUUCAAGUUGUCGAAUUUCGCUGACGAACUCAUUUCAGACUCGGCUGACAAAAUUGUAGACAAGGAUGAGCGAUUGAAGUUAACGAAAGCACAGUUGGAGCUACAACAGGCCGCAAAGGAAAUGGAGAAAAUUAAUUUGCAAUACCUGGAAAAACUUAAACAGACCCGGGAAUUGAUGAUCAAUCAACUAGGGCAACUCACGGAUAAAAUCUCUAAAAUUCAAAAUGGGGAUAAAAUUGCAUCUGCCGAUGCUGGAAGUGGUUUUGAGGCCUAUGACAUCUCGAGCGGCACUGUGAAGGCUCUGGUGAAAGAAGCCACUGAGAAUCUGGCCCAAGCUUCUAGAGCCAAGUUCCCGUAUGCAUCAUGGGAUAAGGCAGCAUCGGCUUACCAAAAACGUCUGUCUGGUUUUGUCGAUGCUUACGGGUCUUAUCUGAGAGAGGAAGUGGACUCUAACAUCGGACACUGCAAACCUCUUUCACAGAUACACUCGGCACUCUUCAAGACAUCGUGUGACCAAGUGCUCGCUGAUUACAAUCAAUUCUGGUUCUUCCUCCUCAUCGCAACCCUGUCGCUGCUGCCUUUGAUGUGUAUCGGCCUGAAACUGUCCACCCACUACCGAAUAUUAGAACCAUAUGACCCCCAGGAGACAUUCGACCAGAGAUUCCAAGCAGAAGGCGUCCCCCUCAAGGCGAGUAGCCCAACUAGAGCUUCAACCAACCCCAGACGACCCACUUCAAACUACUCGAACAACAACAAUAAUGAUAGACACCUGUCAUUGAACUUACGUCACAGUCAGAACUACCAACAGCAACCACCCCCUCAAUCACUCUCCAGGCCAACCUCCAAACCCCCCUCCCACCCCACCCAAAGUCCCUCGACUACACCUUCUUCAAAUAACUACUCCCCCAUGGGUCCCCAGUCAACUUACGAGCCAGUUCAGUAUCAACCAAUCAACGGCGACAGUGAAGAUCAGCCGGGAAUGAAGCAGACGAGUAUUUGUUAGACAUGUAAUCACGAACUUAAUAGUCCGAAGAUUAUCAAACCAAUAUCUUUUCUCUAACUUUUUAAACUGAACCUCAGAGCAGCUCUUAUAAAUGAUUAUGUGGCACUUUUGAACUUUAUCGAGGAAGUUUAGUAAUAUGUUCCUGGAAAAUCAAGACCCUAUUUUGUCCCUAUAUGUCAAAACGUCAUUGCAAUCUAAAGCUUUUGCUUGUUUUAUUUGAUGUUUGUUGUUUGUAUUUUUUGUAGUCCAAUCAUUUAGCCGCUGAUCCUUGGCUGCCUUCAACUAGUUUGGGUACGUUAAUUUUAAAGAGAGAUGUUUGUUAUUUUUUAUUUUUGCUCGAUUUUAUAGUUUCCUUUUACAAAUUAAAAAUUAUUUACAAAAUGGUAGAAAAAUUUGAAUCAACUCGCUCAGUUGCAUGUGAUUUCUAUUCAGAAGAAAUGAUAAUUUCGACUAUUUAUUUAUCAUUGAUGAAUUGUAAUUUACAUUUUUGUAAAAUUGAUAUUUCUCUUGCUUGAUUUCAAACUGAUGAUUGUUGAAUUAAAAUGCUCGAUUUUUUCAAAAGCUUGCUCGUGUGCUGGUAUUUUAUCCAAUAAUUUUAUCUUUACAACUCUCUCGCUCAUGGAACCUUAAAUUAUGGCAAUAUUUUAUACAGAUACUAAUAAUAAAUUUGGCUGAUAGAUAAUUUUGUGAAAAAAUAGAUACGUUUUGUGAAAUAAAUUCA